AUGCCCAAUUAUGUGAAGUUCUUGAAGGAUAUUUUGACAAAGAAGAUGAGGCUUGGUGAAUUUGAAAUGGUAGUUUUGACUGAGGGUUGUAGUGCUAUUUUGAAGAAUAAAAUUCCUCCCAAGUUGUUCACAAUUCCAAUUUCUAUUGGGGAGCGAGAAGUUGGUAAAACUCAUUGUGAUUUGGGAGCUAGUAUUAAUUUGAUGCCCAUGUCCACUUUUAAGAAGAUGGGAAUUGGAGAAGCAAGGCCAACUACAGUCACUUUGCAAUUAACUGACCGUUCUAUGGGAGGUUCCAAUCAUUUUGGGGAGACCAUUCCUUGCCACUGGAGGACUUUGAUAGAUGUUGAAAAAGGAGAUUUCACCAUUCGAGCUCAAGAAGAACAAUUAACAUUCAAGGUUUUUAAUCCUAUACAUUCUCCUAAUGAAGUUGAAGCUUGUUUAGCCAUAAGUGCUUUCAACUCCAAGAUGAUUGAAAAGAUGCAUGAAAAGCAUAGCAAAGGAGUGAGGAAAAAGGUCCCUUUUGAAGAAAUUGAGAAAGGUGGUGAGCCAUGGAAAAGUAAGGAAGAAGAACUAUCCCAUCCUCAAAAGUUACUGAAGAAAAAGAAACAUGGUAGAAAGCCUUAG